UACCGUAGAAUGAUCGUAUUUGCCAAAUUGCAUUCCAUGUAGCCGUUUAUCUCGAGCACGCGCUUCACCAAUUCAACCCACCUGAUUGCCGAUUAUCUGUUUCAAAAAGCGUUCACGCAACGCAUAAUAAUACCCCAUUACCCCACCACUUGGUUUCGUUAUAACUAUUCCAAGAUAAGGAUUUUGUCUUAACGUUCACUGGUUAACCACCCCCCAGUUACGCACACUGAUGAUUCAACUGAAAAAUGUGAACGAGUUUAAUUAUCUCGGGAGGAAAGUACUUCAAUUCCCAAGUUGAUGAGAAACAAGACGACGCGGUAAAGGGAAAUUGCGGAAAAAGCUGGAGCAGAAGAAGUUGAAAGAUCGUGAGAAAAUCCUGAUUGAUUGAUCCUCACCAAUCGCAGCUGUGAAUCACUCUAAUUCAGCAAUGAUGAAGGAAUCCAACAAGAGCUUGGAGUCAAGUAUCGAGAGGAAAAAAAAUCCCAAAAUAGAGCAUGAAAAGGGAUGGAGAAAAAAAUUGCCCGAGAGCAACGAUGAAAAUAUAUUUUCGAUCGUUCGUCAGGGUGAAAUAUGGGGUAUGUGGAGGGUAGUGGUGUGUAAGUGAGACAACACCACCCUGAAUUCGCCGGAAGGCAAAGUGGUUAUAACAAGUAUACCCUAUUUUCUGCGCAGCACAGAGGGCGCAAUGAAUCCCGUAUAGCUCACUUCAGCAAUAACCUAGAAGGAAAGGGGUGUAGAAGUGGGGUGGUGUGGUUGCACAUGUGUCGAACCUGAAAUAUGUAGGCGUGGCCUCAGUUGUUGGAGCUAGCAGACGCAUCCCGACUCAGCUGAAUAUGUUCCCCGCGUCCUCGUUCCUUCUUCCCCUGGUAUUCGUUUCAAUCCCCCCCUCCCCCUCACGGAAAAUACAGAUAUGCGCGGAUACUACAACGGGGCUAUAUGGCUCCACCCUCGAGUGGGCUCGGUUUGUCCUACCAUUGGCCCCUCAACAAACCACUUCAAAACCACCCUCUGACUGGGAGCUUCACUCCACCUGUCGUUCGACGCGAAACCGACUAGUUGUGCUAUAGAGCAGCCGCUGAAUAAUCCCCCAUUGGGGGGUGGGAGGGUGCCUACAAUACCAACAUCCAUUUGCCAAGUUGAAUCAUUCAAACGUGGUCCGUCCACGACCUCGGGUCGCGUCGUCCGACAGUCAACAAUCGUUAGUCAUAUCACUGUCCACGUUCCCUCAAUAUCAAGACAAGACUGACUUGACCGGUGACUGUCGUUGUCACAAUGACAAUGGAAGAUCGUUCAGGACCAGGCAUCGAUCGUCCAGGUGAUGCUGGUACAACAGCAACAGCAGCAAGUGGAAUAACAACAGAUGCAUCCUACCCACUUCGUCGAACAACCGGAAAACGAUCCUUUGAUGUUGCAUUUCUCGUUGCACCGGAUGAAAAAUUGGCCCGACGUCAGACCGAUUACAAUCAGCUAGAAUCAUCUCACAGUCCUGACUUUGGACAACCAGUGAGUCCAUCAGACACUUGUUACCGUAGUUUUUCAACAAAUCAUCCACCACCAGGUCAUCAUCAUGGAGACGAGCUGACGAGUUCGCGAAGUGCUUUUACUAAAGUCAGUUCAUCAAGCAGUUUCGAUGAGUCACGCAGUUCUCCACGAUCAUCAAUAUCACCGGAUCGUGGUAGUUAUCGGAGUAGCAUAAGUCCUCCAAGAAGAACUCCUCCAUUGCAAGCAACAUGUCCCAUCAAGACAGCCACCUUCAAAUAUGGCUCCUUUGCGGCAGUGGCUGCAGCAGCUGCGGCUGCAGCAGCAGCAGCCGCUUCUGCCCCAUAUCCAUUCAUCUCCAAUUCUCCGGACAGUGUUACACCCAUACCACCGACCACAACGGCAACGGCAACAGUGACCAAUAAUAUAUCCAUCGGUGAAAAUCUGAAGAUCCGGAAAAUCUCCAAUUCCAUGGAAUCAUCCGGUUUUCGAACGGCCUCAGACCUAUCACCAGCAGCCGCUGCUGUUUACUCUAAUCUAUCCUACGCACCGAUAUCAGUGUUUCCAUCAGCACCAAUGACGGAAGCCCUCACCCGUCCUCGUCAUCUAUUCGGUGUGACUGGUCUCCUCCCACCGUCCUUCGCACUGAGUCUACCAGCUCAGAACGUUUGUGCCAAGUGCAAUCUGUCAUUCAGAAUGACAUCUGACCUCGUCUAUCACAUGCGCUCCCAUCACAAAAACGAAGGAACAGGCGAGGCAGCGAGAAGACGCAGAGAGGAGAAAUUACGGUGUCCAGUUUGCGACGAGAGCUUUCGGGAAAGGCAUCAUCUCACCAGACACAUGACAGCUCAUCAAGACAAAGCCAGCGACUCCCUGGAUCCUCAGCAGCUACCGCAGGUGCAAUCAGGCAACGUCAAACGACGAACCGCUGGACUUCCCGUUAUUCACAGUGCAAAGUGACAUUAUUUACCAAAAAUUCAAAACUACUUCCACUGAAAUAACAACAAUGAACUUGACAUUCAUCAACUACGAGCAUAUUCUCAUAGAAUAAAUCAAUCAUAGUGUUAUGAAUAUUUUCAAGAUUUUUCAUGUAUGGACUGUGUCGAUAUGUGAUGAUCACCAGAGGGCUCUCUCUAGUCAAUAUUAGGAGGAUUAACAUUAAAGUAGGUCUAGGGUAAAUAGGAAAAUAUACUGUUAACAAAAAACCAACAACAAUGCUUGUCGAUGUUCGACCGAUUGGAUUCGCAAAUUCGUAAUCGAUAAAUUGUCGCGAUUUUUUUUCUCUCUCUCUGGAUUCUUUCAAAUCGACCUAUCGCACACCGUAAACUCGCGUCACACGUAAACCACCAGAGCACGCAUAAUGGUAGGAAACAAUGAAAUGCCCGUAAUCGGAAACAGUGCCGGUUUGUUAUCUGCCAUUCGCACCCCAUUUAACUUGAAACGUUGAAUCGUUCGGGUCGCGCUAGGCUAUACUUGGGUUGUGUUAUACGGUUACCAAACUGGUACCCACGAUUAUUCGCCACACUCUAUCUAUCUCAUCUCGAUUUUAAAUACGUCGCAACCUCAGUCGACCCCCGGUUACUCUCUCGCAACCCCUCGUAUUACCGAGUUCAUCCCAAAACUGUUACUCUCAUUCUUAUUCACUCAACCCCUAACGAUUUUCGAUGAUUCUGCCUCUCGUUGACAUCAGCAUUUGUUAAAUCACCGGAUAAAUUUAUCACCGACGGUAUCGGUGACUGCUUUCAAUUACAAAAUACGUCAUUCAUUAAUGCUGUAAUAUUAGAGCUAAGGACUAAUCGUUAAGACUUAUUUUCUGUUAAAUUUUUUCAUAUUUUAUUUAUCAUUUUAACACGUCAGUCGUGAGGGGGUGAAAUCACUUGUCCAUUUGAUUCUUAAACAAGUUCGCCUUGACUGUAAAAAUAAAUUACGAACUUUUCAAGUUUUAUUCACUUAGUUAUUGGUCAUUAUUUUAUUUAAUUAUGAAAUUAUUUCGUCUUCCACUUCCAUCAACAAACAUCUUCACAAAAAUUUUUUAAUUGCGGGAUAUUUACCGUGUCAGUUGGACGAUUUUACCCCUUUUCUAUUGAUUUGGAAAAAAUUCUUUCGCUCAAUGAAAUCAUUGUACAUAAUUUACUGUAAAUACUAUUAUCAUUAUUAUUAUUAUUAAUCCA